UGAUUGUAUAUAUUUGUUGUGAAGUUCGAUUUUUAUUUUUUUUGGAAUUUUAAGCACAAGAAAAUCGUUCCAAAGCCAUCGAAUCUCUCAAGGAAAAAGUUAGAGAAAUGAUCGUUGCCUGAGGAACUAAUGCACUGAAUGAUAAGUUAAUAUUAAUCGAUACCGUGGAGCGUUUAGGAUUGGCGUAUCACUUUAAGAAAGAAAUCAAGGAGCAGCUCGAAAGCAUCGCUAGAAAUCACUUGCAACACAAUGACUUAUACAUUACUGCCAUGCAUUUUCGAAUUCUCCGACAGCAUCACUAUUGUGUUUCUUCAAGCGUAUUCAAUAAAUUUAAGGGUAAAGAUGGAAAGUUUGAAGAGAUACUUAGUAGAGAUGCGAAGGGAUUGUUGAGCUUACUCGAAGCAUCACAAGUGAGGAUUCAUAGCGAAGAUAUUUUGGAAGAGGGAUUAGUCUUCGCGACCCAUCAUCUUAACUUUUUGGCACCAACAUUGGAGGGUCCGUUUAAAGAACAAGUGAAUCGAGCACUAGAGCAAGCCCAUCCAGGCUUAUCAAGAAUCGAAGCUUGCAAAUACAUUUCUUUCUAUGGAAAUGAUUCGUCGCACAACAAAGAGAUUCUAGAAUUAGCCAUAUUGGAUUUGAAUUACGCGCAAAAUCUAUACAGAAAAGAGCUCCAUGAUCUUUCUUGGUGGUGGAACAACAUUGAUCUCAAGUCGAAGCUCCCUUACGCUAGAGAUAGAGUGGUGGAGAUCUACUUUUGGGGCUUGGGAGUGUCUUUCGAACCUCAAAACUCACUUGCUCGUCUAGCACUCGCUAAAUUCACAUUAAUAAUCAUUGUGUUGGACGAUACAUACGAUAAUUAUGCGACAAUUGAAGAAGCAGAAACCUUUACCGAGGUUCUACAAAGGUGGGAUAUCAAUGAAAUCGAUCGACUUCCCAACUACAUGAAAAUUUUCUAUAAGUUCAUUUGGAACACGUACGAAGAGUUGGCAUGUGAGGCAUCCAAAGAGGGAAGAUCUUUUGUAAUGCCCUACAUCAGAGAAACGGUGAAAGAACUCAGCCGAGCUUAUAAUCAAGAGCUCAAGUGGUUUAUGGAGAUGGAGAUGCCGACACUCGAAGCCUACAACUCCAACGCAAUUAUUACCGGCACAGUAUUCUUGUGUUUUGCCGCGACUUUGUUAGGGAUUAAAUCCGCAUCAGAACAAGUCUUUGAAUGGUUAAAGAGUAGGCCUAAAAUUGCUAAUGUAUGCUCGAUGAUUGGCCGACUUCUAGAUGACAAAGGUUCACAUGAACACGAGGACCGUGGCUGGGAGCUCCUCACGGCAGUCACAAUGUACAUGAAACAACACGGCGCAACUAAACAAGAGACUUUGAACAAAUUUUCAGAAAUGGUUGAGGAUUUAUGGAAGGACUAGCGGUGCAACUUGCCUUCCAUCGUCUCUUUCCAUGCUGCCAAUGUGUUUCUCAGAUAUGAUCAAAUGUUGGAGGCUCUUUACAAGAAUUCACAAGAUGGGCUUACGUAUUCGAAGUUCUUGGCUCCAGAAAUUGCUAGCAUUCUUCUCGACCCAAUAGUCAUAUGAUUAAGUAUAGAUUCCAUAGCGUAACCCCCGACGCUUCAGGUCACCUGUCAUACAUGGUUCGUCUAAUAUGACUUUUCCGUCAGGCCUGAUUUGCAGGGUAUUAGGUUUGUCCGAGAGUUUACCCAGUGCGCACUUUCGAGUAGCGGCUGCGAAUUCGCACAUCAUAAAAAAAAAUAGUAUAGAUUAAUAUAAAAAUAAAGAAUGUGUGUAAUGUUUUUAAAAAAAAAAAAGUAUUAAAAAAUUUAUUGGAAGAACAAAGUCUA